AUGGCCCUCAGUAUCCGGCAGAAGAGGGUGCGAAGAAUCUCUGGAGACCCAGUCCAUGGGGUUGUGGUGCAAGGCCCUGUGGAUGGCACGUUGACAGGAAGAAGUUUGGAAGUAGUGAAGCAGCUGCAGAGGAGAAUGGUUGACGUGGCUGCAUUACAGGAGAUCAGAUGGAAGGGUGAGGGUACAAGGUUUGUGGGGGCUAAAGGUGGAAGAUAUAAGUUGUGGUGGAAGGGGGAUGAUGGUACGGGAGGAGUUGGUGUGAUGGUAAGAAAAGAGUUGGUGGAGAAGGUGUUGGAAGUGAGGCGGAGAAGCAAUGGUGUAAUUGUGGUGGUGAUGGUGUUUGGAAAAAUAAUAGUCAGGGUGAUAUCAGGAUAUGCUCCGCAACAAAGUAGGAAGGAAGAGGAGAAGGAUAAGUUUUAUGAUGAUGUUUCUGACGAGAUUGGGCAAGCGGGGUGGAUGAGUUUGUGGUGUUGUUGGGUGAUUUGA